UUCCAUGGUUGAGAGGAUUUUAGUCGUUGGUAUCACUUUUCUGACAGCUUGUAAAGUUGUAGCAGACAGUGUCAUCUAUCACUAUCAGAUUAGUAUCAUCAGAUUAGUAUAGAAAUGAGCUAUAGCAAUAUAACAAUGAAAAAUAUGAAGUUUGAAAAAAAAAUAUGUUUAAUUUAUGCAAGGGGGGGUCACAAGUGUGUAAUUAUCUGCACUCUCCUUUCAUACAGGGAUGACAACGCGGAUGGGCUUGGUAAAGAUUGAUUGGCACAGGGCAAUUCCACAGGAGGGUGGUGUGGGAGAAAAAACCUGUCUUCUCUCUUGAGAAACUGGGGGGCGACUGCUCUCCUAUAUUGGCGGGGGUCGGAGUUCAUAAAACAUCAUCAUGCCGGAAGCUGACGGACUGGCUGCCAAGCGCAGCAAGACAGAAGACCCAGCAGUCACCAAGUUCCGCGACUACCUGCGCAUCAGGACAGUACACCCAGACCCUGACUAUGCUGGUGCUGUUGUCUUCCUCCAGCAUUAUGCAGAUGAGCUGGGUCUACCAAGUAAAGUCAUUGAGGUGCACCCUGGGAAGCCUGUUGUGUUGAUGACAUGGGAAGGACAGGACCCCACCCUUCCCACAGUCCUCCUGAACUCCCACACUGAUGUGGUGCCAGUCUUCCCUGAACACUGGUGCUGUGAACCUUUCUCUGCUGACAAGAUGGAGAAUGGAGACAUCUAUGCUAGGGGGACUCAGGAUAUGAAAUGUUGUGGUAUAUGGUACCUUGAGGCCAUCAGACGUCUGAAGGCAGAGGGGAAACGUUUCCAGAGGACAUUCCACCUGUCGUUUGUGCCAGAUGAGGAGAUUGGUGGGAAACUUGGCAUGAUGAAGUUCAUCGAGCAUCCAGAGUUUCAGGCUUUGAAUGUGGCCUUUGCUCUGGACGAAGGUCUAGCCAACCCCUUAGAUGAGUACACUGUGUUCUAUGGCGAAAGGGCACCCUGGUGGGUGCGAGUGAAGUGCACAGGGAACCCAGGACAUGGUUCCCGCUUCAUUGAGAACACUGCAGCUGAGAAAGUGCAAAAAGUCAUCAACUCCUUCUUGGCCUUCCGUUCUGAAGAGAAAGCAAAACUGCAGAAGUCAGGAGGCUGUUUGACACUCGGGGAUGUCACUACCGUCAACCUCACCAUGCUGGAGGGAGGUGUUGCCUACAAUGUGGUCCCCAUGGAGAUGUAUGCAGGGUUUGACAUCAGGAUCGCACCUACUGAGGACUUUGAGGAGUUUGAGAAGAAGAUUCAGUCCUGGCUUGCUGCUGCUGGAGAAGGCAUCACCUAUGAGUUCAUCCAGAAAUUUGAUGACCAGACAUGCACAUCCACAGACAAGUCAGACCCAUGGUGGAACGCCUUCAGUACAGCCUGUGAAAACAUGGGCAUGAAGCUGAAGCUUGAGAUCUUCCCAGCAGCCACCGACAGCCGCCUACUCAGGAAGAUCGGCCUUCCUGCCAUUGGCUUCUCCCCGAUGAACCUGACCCCAAUCCUGCUGCAUGACCACAACGAGUUCCUGAACGAAGACGUCUUCCUGAAAGGCAUCGGCAUCUACUGCAACAUCCUUCCCGCUCUCGGCAACGUCAAGAUCUCUUAGUCUGGUUAAACUGACAUCUGUUUCUGUAUGGGAUACUUCCCAAUGUUUAUUGCUAUUGCUUGAAAUCUAAUUUCAAUUUUACUUGGUAUUGAUGGCAAUGAAGAUAUUUCAAUGGCUAUGAUUUCAGCAAAAAUGCUGCAAUAUCAGUUUCUUUUACCACAUUGCUGUAACAAUGUUGCUGUUGAAACUAAUAAUAUGCAUAAAAUAAAAAAUGAUUUAGUGAUGAGUUUGUUCUAAUUUGUUUGAUUAGAGGGUGCAAAGCCUAAGAGCUAAGCCUAAGAUUAGGAGUUUGUACGGAUAAAGAUUACCUAAUUGCUCACUAAUUGUAUGAGAUACAAUCUAUGGUAAAAUAUGCUUGUCUAUUGAGACUGUCUGCAGAUUUAGCCCUUGAAUUUAUAACCAAAUUUUGUAACUGGUUGGCAGGCACUUGUUAUUCUGCACUGUGCAUAAAGUGUUAUGUUUCAGCUUUUUAGGAGUCAAAUAAAAUCAUGCAUUUCAUAGUCA